AUGUCUGAUAUUUUAAAAGAUCAAUUCAUAGCUGAAUGGUUGAUGCAUUGGGAAGGAAGGACAAAUAAUAUCAGAAUUCGUGAUAUUAAUAGUGCUAAAGAAUUAUUAGAAUAUUUAGAUAAUGCAAAAGAUAUGAAUUAUAAAAAAAUGUAUAGUAGAAUUAUUUAUUAUGGUUGGACUAACUGGCCAACUGGAUAUCGUGAUGAAUGUUGUGAAUAUGCGAAUGAAGAAUUUCACGUAAAAUUAAACAGAGCGAUUAACAAUUAUAAUGAUGAUGUAGAUGUGAAUGAAUUUGUUUUAAUUUAUGAUAAAACCAUUCCAAAAAUGAGUAUUUUACAAAAAGAAAUUCCUAAUGAGAUUCUCUGUUAUAUUUUUAAAUAUAACAGAGAUUUGUUAAAUACAAUGUUAACUUGUAAGAAAUUCAAUAAUAUUAUUGAUCAUCAGUUUAAAGCUGAUUGGAUCAUUUAUCAUUAUGGAAAAUUACACGUUCUUUUUUAUGCGAUAAUUUUACCUAAAUUUAUUGAUAUGAAAACUGUUAAAAGUAUUGUUAAGAAAGGUGGAAUCAUUUCUAGAUAUUUCAUGCAAAAACUUUUAAUUGCGUUUGGUAAAGAAGAUUCAGUAUUACACGAACAAAAAUUAAUAGGAAAUCCAGAUAUGAAAAAAGAAAUUAACUGGUGUAAUGAUUUAUCUGUUUCUAUUUUUUGUUAUCUGUUAGAUGAAGCAAUGAAAUUAUAUGAUAAUGAUUUAUAUUUGAAAGGCAAUGAUAUGGAAUUAUUUCAUUUUUUAACUGGUGGACCUCAUUUUAUAAAGACAGCAUUUGAUAUAAUCGAGAAAAAUUUUAAAGAAAUUGAAAGAUUGAUAAAAGAAUUUAAAUUUGCACCAUUUCCUUCUAGACCAAAAAAAUUAUCUUUACCUUUUCCUGGACCUGAUGGUAGUCUUAUGAUAAGACAAGAAGCUUAUCCUUCUUUAGAUGGAUAUGAAAAUAAUCGUCAAUUGAAUGUUAUUGCUAGAGGUAUUUUACUUGAUUUGAGAUUUGCUAAAAUUUGGAAAGAGAUUGGUUAUUUCAACAUGUGUCAAGAUCUGAAUGGUCUUGUUUUACAAGGUGCUACCUUGAUUCUCUUUCCACCAACAAAUGAUUUAUGGAAUAAUAGUAAAGAAGCUAUUGUUAAGAGAUUUAAAGAAUUGAUAGAUUUAGGAUUUGAAUUAAACGAUAAAAUUAUUUAUGAUAUUUUCAAUCCUUAUAUAAAAAAACUUGAUAGGAUUGGUGGAAUUUUUUUAAAUUCUUUUAUUGAAAGAUGGGCUAAGAUCGCAAUUCCUGUACUUUGGCAAAAUCCAUUUAAAUACUAUAAACAUAAUGAUAAACUUGAUUCUUUGAGAAAAGUUAUUUGUCAUGAUUUGGAUGUAAAAGAAUACUUUCGAAUUCUAAAAAAAGAAGAUUCUAUUUCUUUUUCGUAUUUAAGUUAUGUGAGAAAGAUAAAUACUUACUAA